AGAAACAAAAAGUGCCCGGUAUUAGGGCUGUGUUUUUAACUCCUCCCCUCCCCCACUAUAAACGUCCCGAAGCAAUUGAAGGCACCUGUUCAAAGGACAGCAAUGUGAUACUGAGUCGAGUCAGUGUUUCACUUUGGAGUUUUCUUUUCUAUUUUUUUUUUGUUUUUUUGAGGUAAUAUUUCGAGUUUAUAUUUAAUUUGGUUUUUUUUUUCCUUCCCAGUGUAUGAUUUAUUUAUUUAUUUUUGUAACUGAACACGCAGAAAGGAAUGUGUCAUGACAACUGGCUCCACCUUCUAGGUCAGUGCUAACAGGAGACGGUUCAGGAUACUGGAGGUUUGUAACAAUGAGGUUUUUCCAGCUUUGGUUGACUGUAUGGUUGUAUACCAUUGUGGGCCUGCACAUGUCUGUGAGUAUAAGUGUGACGUUUCCAAACAAGGAGCCUUUAAACAUAGCACUGGGCAGGACUCUGGUUCUGGAAGCUCAGUAUCAACUCCAGCAAGGUGAUAAGAUUAUAUUAAGAACAUGGGAACGUAAGAACAGCGACGGGGAAGUCAGAGUGGCUGAUGGCGACGAAACACAUAACAACAGGACAUUUGUGGAGAAGAACGGAGCUCUGUUACGGAUAAACGGAGUCACAGACAGCGAUUACGGACUCUAUAAAUUUACAGUCACAGUUGCCAACGGAGACCAAGUGUCGGAUUCUCGUAACGUGCUAAAAAUAACAAAUCCUCCAAAAGCUUCUCUUUCCAUGAAAUGUAGCACCCUGAGUGAGGGGGCACAGUGGGACAGUCCUGUGUUUUCAUGGCAAGUCGAUGGCGUCAGCAUCACCAAUCAGACUGGUGAGAUAUCCGCAGAUGGCAGCACGCUCCUCUUGAGAAAUCUGGGCCAAAACUACACCUGCAUUACGGACAGCAGCCAAGGGUUGAGCAAAGUCCAAGUGAGCAGUAAAGCGCCCGACCCACAGCCAGAUCCAUUACCGGACCCGAGUCUAAACGGAUGUUAUAGUGUUGUAUGGGUUGUGUUUGCAGUCCUUGAAUUAAUAAUCAUCGCUGUUUUGAUUGGGUUGUACUGCUAUAAGAAGCAUACUUCUUCUAAGGAAGAUAGUGGCUAUAGGGAUGCUACAGGGACCUCGCUUUCACUAAAGAGCAAUCCUUAAGUAGUGUACUGCUUAAGGCUACUGAGCACUUCUAUUAAUUUAAAUGUAUUCCCUAUGCUAUUUAAUUUAGAAACAGAUUAUUUAUAUCGGAGAACAUUCAUCGAUGCUCAAGAAGGCUACACAAUACAUGAAGAUCCCCGGGGUGUAAACUUUUGAACAGGAUGAUUGGUGUAAAUUUUGUUUAACGAUCUUUUGGGGGUUUUUUUUGUUUUUGUUUUUGUUUUUUUGAUUUAGUACUACUGUUCAGAUGCUAUAAGAUAUAUUUAAAUGUUCAUGAAGGAUUAAAUCAUUUCGAAGUUUGCUGUAAAAAUAGUCUGUCCAUAUUGGUGAUUGUGCUUCGAGUACAGUAUUGAGGUGACCGAAACAACACUGUACAGUUUCCCAAUACUAAAGGGAGGGUGUUUUUUUAGUGUGUCAGGAAAUGAGUCAGCACUUGAUAAAGAGGGUGGUGGCACAUGCACAUCGGGGGACUUGAAACGGAAACACAGCUUGUGACUGUUCAGGAGAAGGAUAAAGGAAGUCCCUGAAUAAUCAGUCCUAUUGUUUUCUACAGCACACUGGUUUUUAACACUGUUCUAGGCUAUAUAUUCUAGCAUUUUUAUUAUUAUUUAUUUUGCUUAAAUUUUACACAUUCCUUAAAAUUAAAAAGUCCAGAUAGAAUAGUUUUUUUUGUUUGUUUGUUUGUUUGUUUGUUUGUUUUUUUUAAAUGAAUAAAUCUUUUUGACUUUUUAUUUUGGACACACUGACGUAUAGAGCACUGUAAUUCCGCACUUGUAGCACUUAAGCGUAUAUUCUGAUACUGCUAAUGCUAACACUGUUUAUCCUCUAACUCCUCUAAGUGCAUCUUCCUUUACUGGCAUAAUUUAUUUAGUCCCGUUAUUAUCCGAGAGCAGCCAGGAAAUAUAAUGAAUCAUUCAGUGUAAAGGUAUAGGUCUUACGUUAGUAGAUGGUGUGAAAUAUUAAAAUGCUCUGACACUAAAUUAAAACGUGGUAUAAGAUGACCUUUGCACAGCGAUGAGUCUAAAAUGUUUUUUUUUUUUUUCUUUUGUGUGUCAAAAGCCGUCCUUUCUUACACUCCCGUAACUUCCAGUUUAACUAGUGUGAAAGUUCUAAAGUGCAAAUGUAAUGAAUAACGGUCUACUAUACUUCAGUUCUAACAUGUACAUGAGUCUUAUAGUUGUGCCCAAAAGUUUGCAUACCCCUUGCAGAAUCUGCAAAAUCUUUUUACUUUUAACAAAAUAAGAGCGACCGUAAAAAUCCCAUGUUCAUAAAUAAAUAAAUAAUUUACUACUAUCCCGAAUAAGCUAUUUCACAUAACAGAUGUUUGCAUGAAGUCCACAAGACAGAUUAUUCAGAAAAAUCCACCAGGUCCUGCACGUUCUUUGCUUUUCCAGCAUCUUCUGCAUAUCUGACCCCUUUCCAGCAGCGGCUAUAUGAUAGUCAGAUCCAUCUUUUCACACUGAGGGACUCGUACACGACUAUUACAAAAGGUGCUAUUCACUAUUCACCGAUGCUCAAGAAGGUAACAGGAUACAUUAAGAGCCAGUGGGUGUAAAGUUUUGAACAGGAUGAUCAAGCUUAUUCAGGACCGUACUAAAUAAAAAUAAAAAAACAUGGGAUUUUUAUGAUUGCUCUUAUUUUGUUAACAGUGUUAAGACUGAGCAGAUUCUGCAGGGGGUAUGCAAACUUUUGGGCGGAACUGUAAGUGUUUCAAAGAAACAAAUGUCAUAAAUAAUUCACUACACGUUCAUCUUUGUGAUGUAUUUUUAUGAAUAGAAGUAUACUGUGUAUCUAUGGAUAUAAUGUCAAAUAUAUGGGUAAUAUUUGAUAGUAUCAAACUACAUGCUUUGUGAUCUUUUCCUUAGUAUUAUGAUGAUUAUUAUAUCUUUUUUUUUUUUUUUUUUUAACCAAUCUUAUACUGAAAGGCCCGGUGUGGCUGCAUUUUUUUCAUGCCAAGCAAAUAGAAGCCACACCAUGGAUCACAGAUGGGAUAAGAUUCUCAUGCUGUGUUUUUUCCUUUCUCAUUUAAAACAAAAGGUUCUACUUUGAUCUCAGCUGUCCAUCGAUCAUUCUUACAAUAGUCUUCUGCCUUUUCCACGUGCUCUUUGGCAAACAGCAGACGGGCAGCAACGUUCUUUUUGGAGGGCUGCAGUUUUCUCCUUGUAACCCUGCCAAGCACACUGAGCACAGGUUGAGCAAUUAUGGAGAGGGUAACAAUGGUCAUGAAUUUCCUCCAUGUGUAAACACAUCUGUCUGGCUGAUGGACUCUUUAGAGAUGGUUUUGUAACUUUUUCCAGCCUGAUGUGCAACAACAUGUUUUAUUAUUAUUAUUAUUAUUAUUUUUUCCCUGAGGUCCUCAGAAUUCCCCUUUGUUUGUGCCAUGAUACAUUUCCAUGACCACAUGUGAAGAUCAGACUUUAAUAGAUCCUUAUUCUUUAAAUAAAACUAGACACUCACCCACUCCUGACCUCACAUGUUUUAAUUGGGUUCUCUUUGUCUACUUUUAGGACUUGUGUGAAAAUCUGAUGAUUGUUUUGGGUUGUAUUCAUGCAGAAAUAGAGAACAUUCUAAUAUGGGGUUAGAAAUGUUUCAUAAUUCCAAAUAAUGAGAUUACAAUCCACAAAUAAAUGUAGUGAGAUUUACAAAGAUUAAACAAAUUCACAAAUG